AUGGGCAACACCCCCAGUUCGCAUAAAAUCUCCGCUCAGGAUAGAGCAAUCCUCAACCUAAAAAACCAACGCGACAAACUUCACCAAUACCAAAAGCGCAUCACAAUCCUUACAGACCGCGAAACCCAAAUCGCUCGGGAAUGUCUAGCUCGCAACGACCGGGCACGCGCCCUGCUCGCUCUCCGCCGCAAGAAAUACCAACAGUCUCUUCUGGCCAAGACAGAUGCGCAACUGGACCAACUCGAGCGGUUAGCUGGUAGUGUCGAGUUUGCACUGGUGGAGAAAGACGUGCUGUUUGGCUUGAGGCAGGGGACGAAGGUGCUGCAGACGAUCCAUAGGGAGAUGGGCGGGUUAGAGGGGGUGGAGAAGCUUAUGGGUGAAUCCGAGGAGGCCAGGGCGUAUCAGGAGGAAGUUAGCCGCAUGUUAGGUGGCCAAAUGUCCAAUCAAGAUGAGGACGAGGUAGAAGAUGAGCUCGAGUCGAUGGAGCAGGAGAUCUCUGGGCCCGUCCGUCUUCCGGAUGUUCCCACGUCAGAGCUGCCUGAAGAGACAGAACAGCAGAAACGGGAAAAGGAGAAGCAACGUGCUAAGGCUCGGGCAAGAGCAGCUAUAGCGAUGGAGGCAUGA